AUGUCCGAUCCAUCUCCAAUUUGCACCCCUACCCUAUUCUUGAAGGUUCCUGGGUCGCCAGUGGAAACCAGCUUGCAAGAGUUCAACAAGGAGCUUGGCGAAUCUACUGACUUUGAUGAUCUCGUUGAUAAAACGUAUGCUUUAUUGACACAGCAUCAAUUGAACAUUCAAGAGGCACUCGCGGUAUGGGAGACCCGGUUAACCCUUCAUUUAUUUAACAACCAACUAUCAUACGCCAAAAAGGAGGCUAUCAACUUGAAUAAUGCAUUAUAUCUACAGGAGAAUCCAAAUCCAGCCCCCUUGCCUGGAGGCAACCGAAGCAGAGGAAAUUCCGUGGGCUCGUCUACGCCUCCCUUGCAACCGAUCUAUCCAUUGCCUAAGAACAAGGCGGCCACCAUAGAAUACGACUUGCUCGUACUACUCUUGAGGCUCAAGUCUAUUCCCAACAUGAAUUUGAUCAACGAGUUGUACAAGCUCAACUUUCAAAUGAGACUCAAGUCGGACCUCGACGAGGACGUAUUGCGGAUGAAACUAAUUAAUUUGAGCUAUGACAUCAUGGUGAUACUCUCGGUUACCAAGAACCAUGCCACGUUGUUGAAUUACCUCCAUGGAUUACGGCUCGAAUUGGAACGCAUAGAGUCCAAAAGAGCCGCAUCUGCAAAAUCAGACGCUUAUUCAACCUACCUCUCGAACGUCAUCCUUGUUCAGAUAAUCAUCGAGUCAAUUGUGCAUAAACAGAAGAAGACCCCAUCGCUCGAGUUGAUCAUUGCAGCACAAUACGGCGAGCUGUUCAAAAGAAUUAACGAAGAGACCAAGAGAUCACUAAUUUAUGUGCUCCGUCACAUCCUGCCUACUAUUACCGAGAACCAAAUGGUUGCUUACGACAAGUCCGAAUUGUCCUUGGACGAUCUUAUCGGCCUAGUGGCUGAGGAUAAAAUUUCGGUCAGAAUAAUAUGCUCGAUGUUGGGCUUAUGGGACUUGUCCAAUAAUUAUGGGUUUCAGUUGUCUGGCGAAACCGAAAUUAGUUAUGGACCUGUGGGGACAAGUCUGACGAACCAAGUCACCAACAAUUGGUACAAGUAUAUAAACAAAGUGUAUGGGUUAGAGUAA